ACCCACACGUUAUCCUCCCUCCAAUAAAAUCCAAACAAACAACAUUUUGUUGUCAUUUUAUAUAUGUAUUCUAUUUUGCUUAACUUCUCUCAACAUAAUACGUUUCCUUUUUAUGGUAUUGUGAGAUUAUUAUUUUUUCUUGUAUUUGUAUUCUUAGUGUCAUUAGUUGUUUUGCAACAUCUAAUGGCACUAGGAACUUUAACAUAAUCUUUGUGACAUACCAAAGCAGGGUAAAAACACAAUCUUUGUGAAUCUUGACACCCUCCAAUUUCACUCUUUUCAGACAAAUUAAUAUGUCGAUAAUGAAAAACACCAAAUUAACAUUCACUAUGGCGGGCAGAAUAUUGAAUGAAGUCAUCAGCUUCUUUGUGUUCACAGUCCUUGACGUUGUUGAUUUUUUGCUAUGUUAUACUUACAGAGUAAUUGAUUUUAUAGUCGAAGCAGAGUGGAAGUCCUGUUACUGCUCGUCAGCUAAACAAGCCAUAAUGAGCGGUGGCACAAUCAUGGUCUCCGAGACCAAGAUUGUGUGUCUGACUUCUUCUUCUUCUUCUAGCCGCAAUAAAUUGCAGCUAGAAGAGAUAUCAGACACACUGUACACACGAUCCUCGCUAGUAUCUGAAGUGUCGAAAUACACAGUGAAUGAGCUCAAAAGGCUUAAAUUAGAGAAUGCCCCAACUUUGAAAACGGGAACUCUGCGCUCAACUUUCACUGUUAACUCAACCAUUGUCGAAAUGCUGCAAGGCAAAAUUGGUGGCCAGAAAUCACAUUCCAUUCCACGAUGGUCGGAUUGUGAUUGUAAAACUUGUAAUUCUUGGACUGCUUCUUGCAAAGAUUCACUUUUUGUACAUGUUGAUGGUGCCAAAGAGAACGUACAAGAAAAUGUGAUUUUCAUACAUGGGUUCAUAUCAUCAUCAGAAUUUUGGACAGAGACACUGUUUCCAAACUUUUCAAAGGCUACAAAAUCGAGGUAUCGAUUAUUUGCAGUGGAUCUACUAGGAUUUGGAAGAAGUCCGAAGCCAAAUGAAUCACUUUACACCUUAAGAGAGCAUCUGGACAUGAUUGAAAAAUCAGUGUUAGAGCCAUACAAGGUGAAAUCUUUCCACAUUGUGGCACAUUCAUUGGGAUGCAUAUUGGCGUUGGCACUCGCUGUAAAGCAUCCUGGCUUAGUUAAAUCCCUCACUUUACUUGCACCGCCAUAUUUUCCAACGCCAAAGGGAGAACAAGCAACGCAGUAUAUGAUGAGAAGAAUCGCGCCAAGACGAGUAUGGCCAGUGAUUGCCUUUGGGGCAUCGCUAGCUUGUUGGUAUGAACAUGUUAGCCGAACUAUUUGUCUACUCAUCUGCAAGAACCAUCGCUUAUGGGAGUUUCUCACCAAACUCCUCACCAGAAACAGGAUAAAAACAUACUUAGUAGAUGGAUUCUGCUGUCACACACACAAUGCAGCAUGGCAUACACUACACAACAUCAUUUGUGGUACUGCUGGAAAAAUAGAAGGAUACUUAGACAUGGUGAAAAAUCGUCUAAAAUGCAAAGUCACAGUGAUACACGGUGAAGACGAUGAGCUUAUCCCCGUUGAAUGCAGCUACAACGUACAGUCCAGAAUUCCUCGUGCUCGCGUUAACGUUGUCAAGAACAAAGAUCAUAUCACCAUUGUUGUAGGAAGACAACAAGCAUUUGCUAGAGAACUUGAAGAAAUUUGGAAUAAUAAUUCCAUAAGUAAUUGAUUAAUUCAAGAUCCUAAACAAAAUGUCAUUACUCGUUAUGUACGUACGUACCAUCAUUUUUUUUAAAAAAAUCAUAAGUUAAAAACGAUAUCCAAUGAAGCAAAAUUAAUUUGGAUAUAGUGAAAGCUUUAUUGGGCUAGUUUUCA